AUGGGUGGCGCGCGGCUGCGCUUCUCUCCGCCCGGCUGGGUGCUGGGUGUUCUGGGGUGGCUGCUGGUCAGACUGGGGGGAGGUGAUGAUGAGGGCUACAGCACCAUCGCAUCCCCGGAGCAGGAGCUUUACUACCAGCCCAGGCCGGAGAUCUGGAACAGGGACUUUAUCCAUCAUCCUCAUUCUCCUCCUCAAACUGCCAUCACUCCUCCUUAUCUCCUCCUGCCCGUGUUCCGCUAUCACUCCGCUCCUGCUGUUUCUAAAGACCUCUUCAAUCCUCGAGCGACAAGAAGAAAGUUCCCGAGUGUCCUGUCCAGCAUCUUGAUCCCACAAGGGCGCCAGCCGGGCAUCCGGGUCGCUCCGGUCAGUAACGAUCACGGUGUGGAGGUGUGGUGCGGUUACAGUAAGAUUUCCGUUCGAAUUCAUCUGACUCAACUGAGCUUCCGGGGCUCCGCCGCUCACUUCCGGUUGGGAACAUGUCCGGCGUCACGUGCUAUCGGGAGCGUCCUGGACUUCCACUACGACCUGAAGCAGUGUGGGAGUGCGGUGUCGAUAAUAAAUGGGAAGCUCGUGUACAGUAAUAAGGUUUUCUACAAGCCUGAGAGUGAGGGAGUGGUUAUCAGAACCACACCCUUAAUGCUACCCAUCCAGUGUGUGUAUGAUCGAUUUUACUAUUCAUAUAAAAUUGGCUAUUUGCCAGAACUUCGUCUGCAGUCGUUUCAGAAGACGUUUGUCAGGAAGCCCGUCUUCAGUCUGUCUGCACGUAACGAGAAGUGGGAGGAACUCGGGGUGAACGAGGGUUACGACCUCCGAGACUUGAUGUACUUUGAAGUUGCAGUAGAUGUGAUUCUGCCAGACAGGCGCGUUUACAUUGAUGCCUGUCAUGUUACAGCGAGUGAGGAUGCUACCUCUGCCCAGCGCUAUGAUGUCAUCAGUAACUUUGGCUGCAUGGUGGACAGCAAGAGGGCAGGAAGUCAGUCGCACUACAUCUUGAGGCAGCUGAAUGUCCUUCGCUUUGCAAUUGAAGCAUUCUUAUUUGCUGAUGUGGCUUCAGAGCAUCUUUAUUUGCACUGCACUGUUCUGGUGGGGAGUGUCAUGGCGAGCUCCACAGCCAAGUCCUGCACCUACAUCGGGUCUCAGCACAGGUGGGAAGAGCUGGAUGGUGACACUUCCAUCUGUAACUGCUGUGACUCUCAGUGUCGCUCUCUAGAGCUCAAGCCAUCCUGGGUGGAGCAGGCUGUGGUGACCAGCAAGUCAUGGACUUUAAGCCAUGAUGUUUCUUCUAAAACCUCUGCGAGGUUGAACACAGUGCUGGGCUCUGUUCUGUUACACCAUCCUGAGGAGGAAGUGAUCCAGGAUGAGUUGCAGGAGGAGGUGGUUGAGGAUGAGGAGUUGGAGGAGGUUCUGCUCAGUGUUGCAGACACUGAGAAUGAUGAAAUGAUAUGGGGGAAGGAGGAAGAUGCAGUGAAAAUGUUGAAGGAGGAAGUUUAUGAUUAUCAGAAAGAUGAACAAGUGAUUCAGAAAAACAUGACGGACUCUGUGGGAAUCUGGGAAGAUGAGGAGCUGCUGAAGUGGAAUGCAUCAGUGUCUCCAGUGGAGACAGACUUGCAUUUCAGAGGGAAAGUUUCUGAGAAGUGAAGUGGAGUAAAGAUCAGUCCUGUCAUCCCAGGUAGAACCCUGAUGGAGAAAAUGGAGGGGAAAAACUAUCAUCUGAACUGCCUGGGCUCUGAGCCACUGAAGAACAGUGUGGAUAAAAUGACUGCUUUGGGGGGUUAAAGGGUAAAAUAAUUGAUUGUACAUGGAUUAUGGUAACUAUGUUUAAUAUUAGUCUUACUAAGCAAGCUUCAGGGCAAAUCAAUACACAUCUGAUGCAAAACCUUCAGAAAGGUUGGGACUCAGUGUUUGUGUUUUUACCCUUUUUAAAGUGUUUCAACUUUGUAACAAAUCUUCAAUAAAUAAAGAUGUAAAUG